AAUUAUUUGUACAGUGACAGCCAAUUGGAUAGACAGAAAUAUGACAAAAGGAGAGCUACCAAUGGCACCGAAGGAGUCAGAUGGUCCUAACAUUGGACAAGAAUUGACUGGAGUUAUGGUUCCACAUGCACUUAAUAAUUACCAGCCUUCAAAUAAAUAUCUUUACUCUGGAAACGAUAUCCACAAAGACAGUGGCAAACAUUCGAUUCUUUACUCAGACGAUACUAAUAAUAACAAUAUCGGAGAUUGUCAAUUUAACAUUGCUGAAUACGUUCAGAAUCUGCAUGAUAAUAGAGUUAGAAAACAACUAGUUAAAGCUCUGAGCACGGAUGAGCCAGAUGAAAGUUUGGACAUCGAAAAUAUGGAUCAUUAUCUUCUAGUCGCUAAAAGAUCAAAUUUACACAACACUCUGAUAUGUUGUGAAAAUAAGUUAAUUUCCAAUUUGAAUGCAGUUAACUGUGAUGAAUAUCAUGAGCUUGCUGUAGAGUAUGAAUUACGAAAUUUACAAUCAAAGGCACUCGCAAUCAUUGAAAGAAUCAAAAACCCGAAUGAAUGCAGCAACUUCAUAAAUCAGAACAAUAACUUUGCCAUAAACAAUCUAUGUGACAAUUCAACUGGAUUGUCCGUGGGCAGUUCGAGAAUAAAAAAUUAUAAAAACUACUUUUCACUUUUCACAUGUGGUACCUCUGGGUCUAAACGUACUAUAACGACAAUUGUUUACGACUCAAACAUGAGAAAAAGAUGCUAUAGAGACAUUCAAAAGGGAAAUAAUAUAAGCAAACCAUUUCAAUGUUGCUGUAUUCAAGGUGAUGAAAACAAUCCACCAAUAAUUUAUUGGUCCUUUGGGAGUUCAGUGUACCAGUACGACCCACUGAUGAACAAAUGCAAGCAAAGAUCAUCUCUUCGCUGCAAACGAGCAAAGUUCAGCAUGAUAUCGCAUGGAAACCACUGUUUUGUGAUAGGGGGUGUUUACAAGAGUCGUAAAGUCUUGGAAAUCGAAGAAUACAACACAAAAAAAGAUUCAUGGAAAAAAGUGGCAUACCUCCCUGGAGAUUCACUUCCAAUAGAUCCAUCAUGUGUUGUUUUUGAUGGCUUGAUUUACAUUUUUUCUGCCAUUCUGGACAUAGAAGGAAAUAUAAAACCUAGAGCUACUGCUGUCUAUGUCUUUAAUCCUCGUACACAAACAGUAAAACAGGUGGCGGAGAUCCCGUUUUCGUUCAAACAGAUGAAAACAUGUGUUGUUGACUCUUAUAUUUACAUUGCCUCUGACAGGAAACAUUUGAUUAGAUUCUGCCCAAGUGACGGAUCGUGCUUGUCAUUACCGGACCAGAUUCAGGAAUGUAAAGACUUCGGCAUGUUUACAAUGGACACAUCGAUUAUUCUUGCAGGAGGUGAUUGUAGGGGAAAAGAAUACAAAGACAUUAACGUAUAUUGUACCGUUUCAGGACAUUGGGAAACAUUGUCAGAAAAAUUACCAGACGAUAUGGCUAUUUAUGGUGCAUGUGAACUGAAAAUCCCAAAUAGUGCAGGAACAAUAGUCCCUUUUUACGAAACAAAUCUUUUCGAAAAGAGGUGACUAGGCUCUGUUUUGUUAAUAUUAUUUGUUGUUGGAAUAAAAUGUUUAAAAUCAAA